AUGGCACCACAAGUAACAAUUUUCUUCCACAAGAUUGAAACUACCAAGAAUGUGUGCACCAAACGAGUGGGGUUCAAGAAGACUUUCAUUGUUGGUGAGAGCCUCUUCAACUGCAUUGUUCCAAAGCCCAUUCAGAGGGCCAAACCUCAAGUCACUCCUAAGGUAGUCAAAACCCAACUGAAGAAAACACUGUCUAAAAAUGCUUUCCGAAACGCAAGAAAGAGGGCCGCACGUGCUUUAAGGAAGAAAGAAGCAAAGAGUCAGUCUAUUGAGGCAAUCUUGUCCGAGCUCUCUGGGACAAGUUCAAUGGUGACAGCAAGCGAGAAGACCGCAAGCACCCUGGCUGUGCCGACUCCGAAGAGGACAAGUGCUACCCGAUUUGUCCAAAUCAUGAUUGGAUCAAUUCCGGUCAACUUAUAUCCUACAGAUUCAGCCUUGAUGACUUCCAUCAACGAAACUAGCGACGAAAGUCAAAAGGAUGACUCUCAAGAAAACAUUGAGGUCCAAGGGGCCGAACCUUCAUCAAGCCCUAGAGCUCAUGUUGCGGAAUCCACAUUACAAGAGGUUUACCCCUGUUCUCAUAAGGGUAAAAGCAAAGCCACCGUCAUGAAAAAGAAGGUGGUGAACAUACCUCAUCCACAAAGGAAGAGGGUGAAGACAGCCGUUGCUUCAAAGGGUCAAAUUCUCAUACCACAAGGGACAGUCCCGAAACCUCAAGAUCAAUCGAGGCCCUAUGUGGGUCCAUUGACUCGUUCUAAAUCUCGAGACAUGAUGGGGAUGAUUGUUCCUGAGUCAUCCAGUCUAAACUCAGCUCGCUUGGAUGAUUAUUUACAAUGGAAUCCUCUCUAUGAUGAUCCCGUAUCUCAGACUCAAGAGAAUGAUUGUAUAGCAUCCCAAGGGACCAAACUUCAUGAGGGAUUGGAAAGCAUGCAAGUCAUGAUGACUGGUUCUUCCAAUACUGAGGACCAGUUACCUUUAAUCCAAGAAAUGAUGCAAGACUUGCGAAGGGAAAUGCAGCAUAAGUUGGCAGAGAAAGACGCAGAAAUAGCAUUACUAUCCGCCCGACUGAAAGGAAAAGAUGUCAUAGAUGAGCAAGACAGGGGCAAAACAAAUGAAUCGGUGACCCCUGAACAACAAACAAAAGAGGAAAAAGCAGAGAGCUCCACGAGCACAAUUUCCCCAAAUGACAUAAAGGCGUUAAUUGCUGAGGGGAUUCGUGAGUUCCAAUUGUCCAUAGCACCUCCUGUUCAAGGGUAUCGAAAACCAUUCCCUUCUCACUAUGACGCCAUACCAUUCCCGAAGGGUUAUCAACGGCCUAUAUUUGAUAAAUUUGAUGGCAUAAGUAGCUCACCCCAUGAACAUCUUGCACAUUUUUAUUCAGCAUGUGGCGAGACAUCUCAAUCAGACGCUCUCCUGGUGCGUCAAUUUGUCCAAUCCCUAAAAGGAUCAGCCUUCACUUGGUAUACACAACUACCGCCAGGCUCCAUCUUGACAUGGGACGACAUGCAAAAAGCAUUUUUGGCACAAUUCGUCAGUUCAAAGAAGAAGGUCUCGAUCAUGGACCUAGCUCAAACUACCCAAAAGCCAGGGGAAAAUGCUAAUGACUUCAUAAUGAGAUGGAGGAGCCUCAAUCUUCAGUGCCCGGAGAAAAUUACCGAGCAAUCAGCAGUACAAAUGCGAGCAAUGUUGAAAGACAAAUCGCUCGCCAAAAGUCCGCGUCUCAAAAAAAAUCAAUUUGGGGAGAAGAAGAAUGACAAGAAGUCUGCAAAGGGAGAGUCAUUGGCCACUUUUGUCAAAACAGAAAAGAAGAAUGACAAAGGCCAAAACAAAGACCCACCCAAAAGGCUCACUCUUAAAGAGCGCAAAGAGGUUAAAUAUUCUUUUGAUGAUGAUGAUGUAGAAGAAAUUUUUGACCAACUUCUGGCCUCCAAAGGUAUUACCUUGCCAGAAUCAAAACGUCCUGCUGAGGCGAACAAGACAAAUGACCCUAAGUACUGUCGGUAUCAUCGCCUCAUCAGUCAUACGCUCAAAGAUUGUUAUAUCCUAAAGGACAAAAUUCAAGAGCUCCUCAACAAUGGCAGUUUAGUGAUAGACUCUUCUUCCCAACAUCAUUCAGCUACGGCAAAUAUGAUAGAAGAAAAGCUCACACUCACCACUGCAUUAUUAGGUGAAACGAAAUUUGCAGGUAUUAGUACCGACAAUGGGGGCACAAUUGUACAUGACUGUCCAAAAGCACCAUGGUCUAGUCAUCUUCAAAUUCCCACUCUUCAUGAGCUCAUGGUUGCACCCAGUCUAGAGAUAUGGGAAGAUUCUUCGGUCAAUGAAUCUGCUGAGGGUGCUGAGGGGUGGAAGACAUUUGUUAAAAGAGUCAAGCACUUGGCCAAACAUUUCCCACCUAAUCACAAAUCUGUCACUCAUCCUGGUGUCAAGAUCCGAGGCAUGCCAACCUUGAAAAAUAAGAGGAAGAAGAAGAGGGCGCAAAAGAAAGUUCAAAUCCCUCAAGAGGAUGAAUAUGAGCAACCCGUAAGAGUCCCUGUCACACUCACUGAGUUUUUGCCAGUUGAAUUCUUCUCGAGUGAAUCUGAAAUUGAGGAAGAAAUUAUCCAAUGCAACAUGGUUUCUGUGGAGGAAUAUGAGGUUGACACAGAGGUUGAUGAAAUUAACCUCCGCUCUGGCCGAAGCAUCCCAUCUGCUGAUAAAGCACAACAAAAGGAGGAAGCCGACCCCUCUAAGAACUCGAAGGCGAAAGAGAUUAAGGUCUCCUUGUCAGAAAAAACUGUUGCAGGGGGAGCUCCAUCAUCCUCUUCAAAAGCAAAGGACCCUAAGCCUGAUAUCGGUAAAACAAAGGAGUCAUCGCAAUCACAUGCACUUAAGUAUGAUAUUUUGGCCCAUCUUAAGCGCAUCCCUGCUCCUUUAAGUGUCUAUGACGCUUUACAAAUGUCAAGAGAGCUUAGGGAAGCACUCGUAAUGGCUUUGACGAGCCCGGAUUUGUACAAGUCAUGUUUCAAAUCAGCAGAUGUCCACACAAUUGAAACCUCGAAGUUUUGUGCAUCGUGUAUGGCAGCAAUUACCUUUGGCGAAGAUGACUUUCUGCUUGAAUCCAAAUGCCAUAAUCGACCUCUUUAUGUCACUGGCGAAGUUGGAGGCACGACCAUCAAUCGAAUCUUAUUAGAUUGUGGUUCAGCAGUGAAUCUUAUCCCUUUAAAGACACUACAUGCUAUAGGGAUGAGUACCCGACAAUUGUCUCCAUCUAUGCUGACUAUUCAAGGUUUCAAUCAACUUGGGCAAAAAGCCAUGGGUUCUAUCGCACUGCAAAUGGAAAUAGGGGACCUAUAUUCAGAUGCUCUAUUCCAUGUGAUCGAUGCUGACACUUCAUACAAUGUCCUUCUAGGACGUCCAUGGCUCCAUACAUAUGGCGUAGUCCCUUCUACACUUCACCAGUGCUUCAAAUACUUGGAGAAUGGGGAAGUCAAGAGCGUUUCAGCUGAUAUGGACCCGUUCAGAGGCGAAGAGGUAAAUUACUCUGAUGCAAAGUUUUAUGGUCCACCUGGUCUCUCAUUCACACAGCCACCAAAGGUGGAUAGGGAGAAAGAAGCAAAUGUCGAGGCAGGAAAGUCACAAAAGGUAGAAACAACCAAAUCUACAAGGGUAAUUCGAGUGAAGCUGACACCUCGAGGUGUGACAAUCCCAAAAGUCGAAGAAGUCCCGACCGCAAAGGCUCCCAAGCCAAAGAUAGUUUUCAAGACUUCAAAAAAGGAGCCUAGUGAAAAAGACACGAGCUCAUUGAAACAAACAAUGGAGUCAUUGAUGACGGCAAGUUACAUUCAUCCUCUUCGGAAGAUCAAUCAGUCUAUCCCAGGGGGCAGUUUGGUCAUUUCGACUACUUUUGGCAAAAAUGAUGGCCAGAGUAAACGUGUAGCUUUUCAUAAAAAGGCAUCCUUGUCAGAAACAACAUCUGCUCCAUUAAAGAUAAAGCUUACAGGCCGUAAAGCAAAGAAAAGCAAUGAUGGCCUCACAGUCCAAAAUGAGAGUGGUGUGCUCAAAGUGUCUCUUCGAAGGCUACAUCCAAAAGCUUCUGAUCCCGAGAUACUUACUAAUAUGGAACAAGCCAUGUUUAGAGAAGAUGAGGUGAAUAUAAAGCCACUUCGCAUCUCUGUGUUCAAACGACUAGGGGGUAGACAGCCACCUCGCGUCUCGGUCUUUCAACGCUUGGAGAACCCUUCCAGUUCCCAACAAGUUAAAGUCCAUAAUAAAAGGAAAUGGAAAGUUAAAAGUCAAGAAAAAGCUGUGACCGAAACAGUCAAAAGAGUGAAAAUAAAGGAUGAUCUCGUCCAAGUCAAUUGCGCCUCUUUCGAAGAAAUGGUGGACCAAGAUGAUAAUCCUCAAGACAUCGAGGAAUUCAUUGAUAUAGUCCAACCAGCUCCACCACAAAUGGAGGAGGGAGGUCAACCCACAAUUGAUGAUCUGCAAGAAAUUAAUCUUGGUACAGUUGACAAUCCGAAACCUAUCUUUGUCAGUACUUCGUUAACGCUGCAAGAAUUAGAAGAAUACACACAACUGUUGCAAGAGUACCGAGACGUAUUUGCAUGGAGUUAUCAAGACAUGCCAGGGUUAGACCCAAACGUUGCAGUUCACAAACUUGGAAUAUCUGAUGAGGCCCGAUGGGUGAAGCAAGCGCCACGUCGUUUUCGGCCAGAGCUAACAAUCCAAAUAGAAAUCGAGAUUGAUAAGCUUAUUGCCGCUGGAUUUAUCCGAGAAGUCCAAUAUCCCACUUGGUUGUCCAAUAUUGUUCCAGUCCUUAAGAAAAAAACUGGGGCGCUGCGUAUAUGUGUGGACUAUAGAGACGUCAAUGAUGCAUGCCCAAAAGAUGAGUUUCCGCUCCCAAUCACAGAAUUAUUGGUAGAUGCAACAACCGGUUUUGGUGCCCUAUCAUUCAUGGAUGGAUUCUCAGGUUACAAUCAAAUAAAAAUGGCUCCAGAAGAUCAAGAGAAAACUGCCUUCCGCACUCCAAAAGGAAUAUUUUGCUACACUGUGAUGCCUUUUGGAUUGAAAAAUGCAGGGGCAACCUACCAAAGAGCCAUGACAGCCAUUUUCAAUGACAUGCUUCACAAUACCAUUGAGUGUUAUGUUGAUGAUUUGGUUGUCAAAACCAGAAAAAGAGAACACCAUUUGAGUGACUUAAAACGAGUUUUUGAUAGACUCCGAAAGCACCAAUUGAGAAUGAACCCCUUGAAGUGUGCAUUUGGAGUAACUUCAAGCAAAUUCCUUGGCUUUGUUGUCCGACAUCGAGGAAUUGAAAUUGACCCUUCAAAAAUCAAAGCAAUCCUUGAAAUGCCUCCCCCUCGAAAUUUAAGGGAGUUGCGAGGGCUACAAGGGAGACUAGCCUAUAUACGACGGUUCAUCUCAAAUCUCUCUGGAAGGUGUCAACCAUUCUCAAGGCUCAUGAAGAAGGACGUUCCAUUUAUAUGGGAUCAAGCAUGUCAAAAUGCCUUGAAAAGCAUUAAAAAAUACCUGUUAAAUCCACCAGUUCUUAUGGCGCCAAUUAAAGGGAAGCCUUUAAUUUUGUAUAUUGCAGCGCUAGAACGCUCGUUGGGAGCAUUGCUUGCCCAACACAAUGAUGAUGGAAAAGAAAAUGCACUUUACUACUUGAGUAGAACACUCGUAGGGGCGGAACAAAAUUAUACCCCUAUCGAGAAGGUAUGCCUCGCAUUGGUGUUUGCCGUCCAAAAACUACGACACUAUAUUCUCUCUCAUAAAGUCAUAUUGAUUUCCAAGGCAGACCCGCUCCGAUAUUUAAUGUCCAAACCUGUGCUCUCUGGACGAAUAGCCAAGUGGUCACUUCUCCUCUUUGAGUUUGAGAUAAAAUUUGUUCCACAAAAGGCGACAAAAGGGCAAGCUCUUGCUGAUUUCUUGGCUGCUCAUCCUACUCCCGACAACAUGGAGUUACUUGCUGAUUUGCCCGAUGAAGAGGUAUUCACAACAGAAGCACUUACAUGGCAGUUAUAUUUUGAUGGGGCAGCAAGAAGAAACGGAGCUGGGGUAGGAUUAGUAUUCAUCACGCCAUCUGGGGGCUUAAUCCCAUAUUCAUUCUCCUUACUAGCUUUAUGUUCAAAUAAUGUGGCAGAAUACGAGGCAUUAAUCAUUGGCCUUGAAAUUGCCCUCGAGAUGCAUAUUGAUUAUUUGCAAGCAUAUGGUGAUUCACAGUUAGUCGUCAGACAGUUGAAUGGUCAAUACGCAGUCAGAAAUGCUACUCUCGUCCCAUACCAUGAUAGGGCAAAGUAUCUCAUGUCACAGUUUCAGGACAUUCAUGUUAGUCACAUCCCGAGGUCGGAAAAUGAUAAAGCUGAUGCACUAGCUAAUUUGGCUGCAUCGUUAACGCUACCUGAAGAAAGGGAUAUCCAAAUCACUGUUGGGGAACGAUAUUUAUUACCCCCAGCUAUAGAGAGAAUUGAAGAAGUUGUUGAUUCAAAUGUUGUUACAACUUCCGAAUUUGAGGAGGAAUUGGAUAAUCUUGAUUGGCGCCAUCCCAUAAUUGAAUAUCUUCAACACGGCAAAUUGCCAAAUGACUCAAGGAAAAAGGUUGAAGUUCGACGCAGGGCCACUCGGUUUUUGUAUUUAAAUGACACCUUGUACAAACGGUCAUUUGAUGGUAUGUUGUUAAGGUGUCUGUCGAAACAAGACGCAACUAAAGCCCUUCAUGAUACUCAUGCUGGCACUUGCGGUGCUCAUCAAGCUGGUCCAAAACUCUCAAAUCAACUGAAGAGAUUGGGUUAUUACUGGCCAACAAUGGUCCGAGACUCAAUGAAAUUUGCAACCACAUGUAAAGAUUGCCAGUUACAUGGAGACUUUAUUCACCAGCCACCCCAACAACUGCAUCCGACAACUUUGUCUUGGCCAUUUGAAGCUUGGGGAUUAGAUGUUAUUGGCAUGAUAAAGCCUAAGUCAUCACACGCAACCGCAACUGAUUACCCUUGUAGACGCAACCGCAACCAAAUUCUCACUAAUCAAAUCUCCACACAAAUCCACUUGGAACUACGUCGGUUUGAUCCCAUCAAGGUUUUUAAUGCAAUAAUAUUUGUUUGCUGUGGGAUCUCCAACGAGACGGAUAGGCUUGCAUUGCUAGCCAUCAAAGCUCAAAUAAAGGAGGAUCCUUAUGGGGUCAUGAGCUCUUGGAACGAAUCCAUGCACUUUUGCAUGUGGCAGGGCGUGACUUGCAGUCAAAGGCAUCAUCAAAGGGUCACAAGCCUGAUGCUACGAGGCCAAAACUUGGUGGGCUCUCUAUCCCCAAACAUAGGAAAUCUGAGUUUCCUCAGGAGUCUGCAGCUACAGAACAACAGCUUUAGCCACGAAAUUCCUCCCGAAAUCGGGCAUUUGCGUAGGCUGCAGGUAUUAAGUCUUGAGUACAACUUAUUUACUGGCCUUAUUCCUUACAACAUAUCAUAUUGCUCCAACCUCACCUACAUGAGUUUCGGCCACAACAAGCUGGUGGGCGAAAUUCCUCCAGAAAUCGGCUCCUUGUCGAAGCUUCAAACGUUUGUUUUACAAUCGAAUAAUUUGACAGGAGAGAUUCCUCCUUCCUUGGGGAACCUUUCCUCGCUCCAGGUACUUGCCGCAUAUGGUAAUAACUUGAUGGGAAGCAUCCCUAGUUCUCUUGGCCAAUUGAAAAAAUUAGCAUUUUUGUCAAUUGGCAUAAAUAACUUGUCUGGCACAAUCCCUCCCUCCAUCUAUAACCUCUCUGCUCUCCAAGCUUUUCACAUAUUAUACAACCAAAUUCAUGGGACUUUGCCCUCAGACUUGGGCCAAACUCUGCCUAACCUCCAAGUCAUUAACAUUGCCCAUAAUCAGUUUACGGGAUCCAUCCCUCUCUCAAUAUCCAAUGCCACAAGUUUCAAGACUUUUCACCUUGGCUACAACAAACUAACAGGACAAGUCCCAAAUUUGCAGAAGCUUCGUGACCUCGAAUAUUUCAACAUUCAAUCUAAUCAUCUUGGAACCGGUAAAGAUGACGAUUUGAGUUUUCUCUCAAACUUGACCAAUGCCACAGAGCUAAUAUGGUUGCUCAUACCCGAGAACAAUUUUGCAGGGGCGUUGCCCGCAUCAAUAUCCAAUCUCUCAACCAAGCUUGAUAGGUUUUGGCUUUAUAGAAACCAAAUAGGUGGAUGCAUCCCAGUGGGCAUGGGGAAUCUGAUCAACUUGGAAUCGUUGGCUAUGUCGAGUAAUCGCUUCACAGGUGGCAUACCUACGGACAUUGGGAAGCUUUCAAAGCUUGUGGAAUUAGAUAUUUCUACGAAUGAAUUAUCAGGGAGCAUUUUGCCCUCUCUAGGAAAUUUAACCAGUUUAAGCAGACUCUUCUUGCAAAUAAAUAAUCUUCAGGGCAUCAUCCCUUCAAGCCUAGGGGAGUUCCAGCGGCUGCAAACAUUGGAUCUUUCUUAUAAUAACCUUAGUGGUGCAAUACCUCCACAAGUUCUUGGCUUAUCUUCCUUAUCAAUUUACUUGAACCUGUCUGCAAACCGCUUUACAGGUUCCCUUCCCACGGAGGUUGGAAAGUUGAAGAGUCUAGGUGAACUGGACAUUUCCGAUAACAUGUUAACCGGAGAGCUGCCCAGUAGCCUUGAUGGUUGUGAAAGUUUAGAAGUCCUGCACUUGCAAGGCAACUUCUUCCAAGGGCCCAUUCCUUCGUCUUUGAAAGCGUUGAGAGCGAUUCGAGAUUUAGACAUUUCUCGCAACAAUUUUUCAGGUGAAAUUCCACAGUUUUUUGAGGGAUUUCUUUUCUUGAGGAAUCUAAACAUUUCAUUCAACGACUUUCUGGGAGUUGUACCAAUUGACGGUGUGUUCAAAAAUGCAACUUGGAUUUCAAUUGUUGGCAACAUUAGGCUCUGUGGCGGUGUUGCUGAUCUCCAACUGCCCAAGUGCAAGACUCAGAAAGGAGGAUCAUCUCGUAGCUUGAAAUUAAUCGUCUGUUUAGUAUUGGGACUUGCUCUUCUAGGAAUAUCCAUGGUGUGUUCCUAUUUCUUUCUUUUUUCGUCAAGAAAGAAAAGGAAAGAAGUUUCGCGGACUACUUUGGAGAACUCUGUUUUGCAAGUGUCAUAUUCUACUCUCCUAAAAGCUACUGAUGGGUUCUCUUCAGCUAAUUUGAUUGGUGUGGGAAGUUUUGGGUCUAUAUACAAAGGAGUUCUUGAUGAUGAUGACGGUAAAACUGAUCAUCAGCUUGUUGCCGUGAAAGUGUUCAAUCUGUUGCGCCCUGGAGCAUCGAAGAGCUUCAUAGCAGAAUGUGAGGCCUUGAGAAAUAUUAGACAUCGAAAUCUCGUGAAGAUUAUAACUGCCUGUUCAAGUGUUGAUUUUCAUGGCAAUGAUUUCAAGGCUUUAGUUUAUGAGGUCAUGGAGAAUGGGAGCCUUGAAGAGUGGUUACAUCCACCUGGUGACAUUGAAGAGUCAAGGGAUCAUGCACCCAAUAAUUUAAAUAUUCUUCAAAGGCUAGACAUUGCCAUUCAUGUUGCUUCUGCACUAGAUUAUCUUCAUAAUGAUUGCGAAACACCGAUAGUUCAUUGUGAUCUCAAACCGAGCAAUGUUCUUUUGGACAAUGAUUUGACUGGACAUGUUUCCGACUUUGGACUAGCAAGAUUUCUCCCACAACUAUCCGAAACUGACGCUUCAGCCAAUCAAACAAGUUCCAUUGGAGUAAGAGGAACGGUUGGUUAUGUCCCUCCAGAGUAUGGUAUGGGAAGUGAGGUGUCAAUCUCUGGGGAUGUAUACAGCUUUGGGAUUCUCUUGUUAGAGAUGUUUACAGGGAAGAGACCCACUGACGACAUGUUUAGUGCCAACUUGAACCUUCAUACUUAUGUGAAGAUGGCUUUCCCUGACCGAAUUAGAAAGAUUGCAGACUCACAAGUUUUACAAGAAGGCGUCGAUGAGACACUCAAAGAGGAGUGCUUGAGUUCGAUUUUUAGAAUUGGAAUUGCAUGUUCUGCUGAAUCCCCAACAAAUCGCUUGAAGAAUAUAAACGAUGUUGUGUCUGAGCUGCAGUCCAUUAGAAAAUCCCAAAGGUGA